CGCCGCCGCCGCCGCCAUGUACUCCGCGAUCCCCGCAGCCGGCCCACUCCCGCGCCGCGCCCGCCGCCCCCCGCCCGGGCGCCCUGUCGAGCCGCCACGGCCCCCGGCGCCCGCCCCGUCUGCAGCCGCACGGCCGCCGCCCCCAGCCCCCGGGUCGCGGCCGCGCGUGGCAGUGAAGAUGGCCUUCCGCAAGGCCUACUCCAUCAAGGACAAGCUGCAGGCCAUCGAGCGCGUUAAGGGCGGCGAGCGGCAGGCCAGUGUGUGCCGCGACUUCGGCGUGCCCGGCGGCACGCUGCGCGGCUGGCUCAAGGACGAGCCCAAGCUGCGCUGGUUCUUGGAGCAGCUGGGCGGCGAGGUGGGCACGCAGCGCAAGAAGAUGCGGUUGGCCAACGAGGAGGAGAUCGACCGCGCAGUGUACUCGUGGUUCCUCGCGCUGCGCCAGCACGGCGUGCCGCUGUCGGGGCCUCUCAUCCAGGCGCAGGCCGAGGCCUUCGCGCGCCAGAUCUACGGGCCCGAGUGCACCUUCAAGGCCAGCCACGGCUGGUUCUGGCGCUGGCAGAAGCGCCACGGUAUCUCCAGCCAGCGCUUCUACGGCGAGGCCCGGCCCCCGGCCCCCGGCCCCGCGCCUGGACCGCCAGUCAAGGAGGAGCCCGCGCUGCCCCCCAGCGCCGGGUCCCUGCCCGACCGUGCCCCGGCCCCGCCGCCCCCCUCCGAGGGCGGAUACGGCGACGAGCAGAUCUAUAACGCCAACGUCACCGGCCUUUACUGGAAGCUGCUUCCGGAGCAGGUCGCGGCCCUGAGCUCAGGUGACCCUGGGGUGAGGGCCUGCGGCCGGCGUUGGCGGGGCGACCGGGUGACGGUGCUGCUGGCCGCCAACCUGACGGGCAGCCAUAAGCUGAAGCCGCUGGUCAUAGGGCAGCUGCCCGACCCGCCCAGCCUGCGCCAUCAUAACCAGGACAAGUUCCCGGCCUCUUACCGCUACAGCCCCGACGCCUGGCUCAGCCGUCCGCUGCUGCGAGGCUGGUUCUUCGAGGAAUUUGUUCCCGGAGUCAAGCGCUACCUGCGCCGAAGCUGUUUGCAGCAGAAGGCUGUGUUGCUGGUGGCCCAUCCGCCCUGCCCAAGUCCUGCCACCAGGAUGCCUGCCCUGGAGGACAGCGAGGAUACCCCCCUGCGGUGCCGGCCUGAGCCCCUCGGGUCGCCCGAGGAGCUGCAGACACCGGACGGCGCUGUGCGCGUGCUGUUCCUGUCCAAGGGCAGCGGCCGGGCGCACAUCCCUGCACCGCUGCAGCAGGGCGUGGUGGCUGCUUUCAAGCAGCUGUACAAGCGGGAGCUUCUGCGUCUGGCAGUGUCCUGUGCCAGCGGCUCCCCGCUGGACUUCAUGCGCAGCUUCAUGCUCAAGGACAUGCUCUACCUGGCUGGCCUUUCCUGGGACCUGGUACAGGCAGGCAGCAUUGAGCGCUGCUGGCUGCUGGGCUUGCGCGCUGCCUUUGAGUCCCGGCCUGCUGAGGAUGGUGCUGGGCAGCCAGCCUGUCAGGCGGAAGAGGCUGCCGAGCACAGCAGGGUGCUCAGCGACCUCACCCAUCUGGCUGCUCUGGCCUACAAGUGCCUGGCGCCUGAGGAGGUGGCAGAGUGGCUACACCUGGACGACGAUGGUCUGCCUGAGGGCUGCAGAGAGGAGGUGGGCCCUGCACUGGCCCUGGCAGCCCCCCCACCCCCAGCCAGCCUGCCUUCUGGCAUGGGAGGUGCAGAGGAGGAGGAAGAGGCCAGCACUUACGUGGAAGCCUCCAUGCCCACGGCUGGGGAGGCUGUCCGGGGGCUGGAAACGGCCCUGCGGUGGCUGGAGAAUCAGGACCCCAGGGAGGUGGGGCCACUGAGGCUGGUGCAACUGCGCUCACUCAUCAGCAUGGCCCGGAGGCUGGGGGGCAUUGGGCACUCUCCAGCAGUCCCCGAUGAUGGUGUGUGACCAUGCUGGUCCAGUGGCCUUUCUCCUGCUCUACUUGGAGGCAGGGAAAACGCACAGUAUCUAAUUUCCCUUUCCUCCCCCUGGGGUAAGCCACCCCCUGGGUACAGGGGUUCCAGCCCAGGUUGGCCUGGAGGGCCUCUGUUGUUGAAAAGUUGUCCUGCCUCAUUGGUUCCCCCCAGUCUCUGGGGGAAUAGCUGGGAGUGAGGUCCCUAGCUCAUACUCCUCUGGGGCAGGUGCCAAUGUGGGGUCUUCUGGCAUGUGAGGCAUAGCACCUAUUAGCAGUUGGCUGUGUCCUGCUCUGGCCUCUAUGGACUAGGCCUGCCUCCCACCACUGCCCAUUACAUGCACUGGACAAGGCCCUCACACUCCUGUUUGUCUAGGGCCCGGGUGCUAUUCAGUCCCCACACUACAGCUAUGGGAUCCUUUUCACCACUUGGUUUUAUUUUUUUAAACACAUUAAAUCCAAUUUUAUAGAUAACUCUUUAGAGGGGCCAUGAGAAGGGGCAGUGUGGUGUGGUCUCCAGGCUGCCCCCCACCCAUCCCCCCGCCCGCAGUUGCUCUGCAGACUGAAGCCCAAAGGGUACAAGUCUAGAGCAGGGGCUGCUCUUAGCACAGUGCCAUAGAGUGGGAAGGGGGACAAAACCCUGCACUCAGGGCUUCUGGAGGGACUGGGUGCAGCAGCGGGGUGUAGAUUCGUCUUGUGUUUUGAGUUUUCCUUACAAAAAUUCCAUUCUGAACAGAUACUUCAUUCCAUAGAAUGAAGUUAAGAGUCUGCAUUUGAGCCCUGGUGAUUUGACUAAUGACAGGGGAAGCUUCCUGAUUCUUCAUGGGCCAUAGACCACUUUUAGAUCACUUUUGCCAGUCCCAGGGCCCAGAGCCACCCAGCCUGCCCCAGAAGAGGCCCCAGCACUGACAGCUACCUGGGCAGUUCACAGUGCCUUAGCCCCACACUCUCCUUGCUCCACCUACCCCAGCAGCCCAUUCAGGCUUUCCCACCUUUUCUGGCACUGCCCAGGUUGUGGCUGAGGAGUUGCUUCUGGGUGGCCCAGUUUGGAAGAGGAGGAAAAGGGCUUUAGUGACUGUCCAGCACUCGUGCUGUUCUGCUACUCAAACUGGGUCUAGGAUCAGAGCCCUGCUGGUGGCAUGGGAUGCAGAUGCCCAUGAUCUCAAGGCAGUGAUGGGGGCUGCCUUUACAGAGGUGUGGCCCCAAAGCCCAGUGAGGGGCAGGGGCCCCCAGGUGCUCUCCCGAGACUUUACCUGCUCCCAAUGUCCUAGUAGUGGUCUAAGUCUUGAGAACAUGGAGUUGGUGAAUGCACAUUGAUGGCGUGUCUGGAAGGAUGGUGGGCAGCUGGAGGGAGUGCCCCUCAAAUACUUUUCCACACAAGUCUAAGAACAAGUCUUUGGGACCACCUCUGUCCAAAAACAUCUCUGUAAACCCCCCAUACAUAUAUCUCAAGUCUGAGAAAUAUGGAAAAUUAGUGAAUAAGAGAAGAGAGUCUCAGCUGACCAGACUCAGCUGUUGCUGGAAUCCACCUGGCCACCUCUGUUUUUGGCCUCCCUGGACCUGCAGACCUAUCCAGGGCUGGCCCUGAGUUUACUGCCCAAUAUCUAUAAACUGGGCUUUAAGAAUUCUGGUGUGUUUUGCCCCAUGAGCCUCCCCAGCAGCACAGGUGCAUAGGGCUGAGAGCAGCUGGUCUCCUGUGUAAAGGCCACACAGGCCAGGUGAGGGCUGUACACCUGGGCUUUGACACAGCUUUUGGUGACUGCCCUUCAGCCUGGCUUUUUGCCACCGUGACUGCUCCUUUGGCAAGGUUUUUGUCUCCAGCCCUCCUCCUAGCUUCAGUCCCUCUUGUUGGCCUGGGCGUGUGUCAUACUGGGCAGGGGAUGGAGGAGCAAGAUUCCAUCUGCCUCACCACUUGUCCCCUCCAUCUGGGGCCCAGGUGGCUCUAGUCUGUUCCCCUAUACCCAGAUGGUCACCUUCCAUAAACAAGGCAGCUGCAAGCUGGUGGGGGUCAAUAGGAACUUCUUAAAGUCUCCCGCCAAGUAAGAGUCUGCCUGUUGGCUCAGAAGACCCUUCAUGAGAGCACUCAAAAGGUCUUUAGCAUAGAGUGCAUGUGUACAGUAGGGCAGAGGCUGAAGUCCCUGAGCCCUGCUUGUGAGGAUGCUCUGCCUGACUCCAUGCGUAGUCCCCUCAUGGAUUCUCAGGGCCUGCUGCCAAGCACAUCAGGCAAUAACCUGGGGCUCUGCUUCACCCCCACCUUCCAGCCACCCACCUGUGUGAAGUGAGGCUAGUGGGGUAGCAGGAGCCCUUUGGAAGGAUAUGUACCCUCUUGGGGCUACAUUUCUGCUUGGCCUCCCUCCCCCUGCACCCCAGUUAACAGCUGGUCCACCCUGGUUUGUGAGCCAGUUGAAGCUGCAAUUCCUUCUUUUAACUGGCCACCUGUCCUACAAGCAUGUGGGGACCCCUGUGGCCUUGGAAGCACAGACAGCUGUCCUGGUUCAAGCAGCAUUGCAGAGGCCACCAGCCCCCACCUCCACUCCUAUUCACAGCUCUGUGAUUAAGAUCAAGGAAGGUAACAGCUCUUAGGGUUGGCAGCUUCUAUCAGGCUUAUUGUGGACUUCUGGGCUUAGGGGAGGGCCAGUAAAGGGAAAGCAUGUAGGACGGUAGGAUGAGAAGCAGACUUCUGCUGAAACCACUGCUGGCUACAGGUGCUUGGGGAGUGACUGGAUGUCAGCUGGGCUGUGAUGUUCAGUGGAAAAGGGGCACCCUAAGUUGGGGAGCUAGUUCUACAAAGAAGGUAUUCUCUUUUACUAUCCAGUUGGCAUUACCUGUGGUGCCCAGUAGGACCUGGGUACUAUCUGCCCCUGGCUGAGUGUGCUCAAGAGCAGGCUUUGGACUGCUUGGGGCCCUCCUAAUGCCAAGCCUGGAUCACAGCUGAGUUCAGUUGGCCAGAGGGCCUAGUAGUGCUUUAUAUAAUAAAAGCUGCACAUGUCAUCUUCAUGAGUACCCCAGUUUGAAAGUCUUAUUUAACUCGACCCAAUGCUUGGAGCAGCCCACAGGAUGCUCCCCAUAGAUAGCUGGGGGCAGGAGGCAUAGGUGUGGAACAACAUUGAUUAAAGGAGGUACCAUGAUCACACAUAUCAGUUUUUGGUCUUUCCUGACAAUGUAAGGCAGAGCCCUGGCUGAUCUACAAUCAUGCCCCUGCCCCCCCACCAAAAGAACUGCCUUUCUUGAAUCAAUGUGUCCUUGUCAUAGGCCACCACCGGCUCCACCAAAGUUCUUCAGUCUGGGAGUGGCCUGCUUGAGGCCAGGACUGGACAACUGAUGUGUCUUCUACCCACCAAGCUGAGUCCACUCUGCUCCCUAGGUGGACAGAUGUUGACUCAAAUUCAGCAGAUGGGCUGCUUGUCAGCGUGAAGGCAGGUAGCCUCCAGAGGGCUGCCCAAAGAGGUCCUUCAGAGUGG